GUGAUAAGCUAACAGGGAAGAAGCUCUUGAAGUCUCCACAUUGUUCUGAGUGUUAUCACGUUACAUUCUAACAGGAAGGAAGCUUUUAAACUGUCUACUACUAUUGUGAGGGUUAUCACAGGAAGAAAGCUCUUAAAUUAUCUACUAUUAUUCUGAAAGUUAUCACAGGAAGGAAGCUCUUAGAUUGUCUACUAUUAUUCUGAGAGUUAUCACAAGAAGGAAGCUCUUAAGUUGUCUACUAUUAUUCUGAGUGUUAUCAUGUUACACGAUAACAGGAAGGAAGUUCCUAAACUGUAUACUAUUAUUCUGAGUGUUAUCACGUUACAUUCUAACAAGAAGGAAGCUUUUAAACUGUCUACUAUUAUUUUGAGUGUUAUCACAGGAAGGAAGUUAUUAAACUGUCUACUAUUAUUAUGAGUGUUAUCACGUUACAUGCUAACAGGAAGGAAGCUUUUAAACUGUCAAAUAUUAUUUUGAGUGUUAUCACAGGAAGGAAGUUCUUAAACUUGUCUACUAUUAUUCUGAGUGUUAUCACGUUACAUUCUAACAAGAAGGAAGCUCUUAGAUUGUCUACUAUUAUUCUGAGAGUUAUCACAAGACGGAAGAUCUUAAGUUAGGUACUAUUAUUCUGAGUGUUAUCAUGUUACACGAUAACAGGAAGGAAGUUCUUAUACUGUCUACUAUUAUUCUGAGUGUUAUCACGUUACAUUCUAACACGGAGGAAGCUUUUAAAUUGUCUACUAUUAUUCUGAGUGUUAUCACAGGAAGGAAGUUCUUAAACUGUCUACUAUUAUUCUGAGUGUUAUCACGUUACAUUCUAACACGAAGGAAGCUUUUAAAUUGUCUACUAUUAUUCUGAGUGUUAUCACGUUACAUCAAACAAGAACGAAACUCUUGAAUUGUAAACGACAUUUCUAAAUGUCAUGUGACCUCUGACAGGGAUAAAACUCUUGAACUAUUAGCCAUUGUUAUAAACAUUACCACGUGAUAUCCUGAUAGGAAGAAAGCAUUUGAAGUGUUUAUCACUGAUCUGAACGUUACCAUGUUACGUGCUAACAGGAAAGAAGUUCUUGAAAUGUUCACUAUUGUUCCGAACUUCAUCAUAUAAAACAUGCUGAUUGGAAGGAGGCUCAGAAAAUUUUUACAGGUGUUUUGGUCAUCCACGUGGUGAUUAGUGGUAGGAAAUCAUUGAAAUGUCCACUAUUGGUCUAAACUCCACCGUUACUGAAAUAUCCAAAGAAACAUAUUUGCCAAACGACGAUGCUUCCCCAGACAUCCGACUUUGGAAUGGUGUUCUGUACGUUAAAAACGAAAGAUUUAACUCUGAAUGGACCUCAGCAAGUGAUGUCACUUUGGCGGUACUCAGUAUAUUUAUUCUUUCAUUAUUGGCUACGUGUAGUAACGCUUUACUCGUAAUAUCCAUUUACCGCUUCAAGCGCCUCAGGAAUCCGAGCAAUUACUUGGUCCUCUCACUUAGUACGGCUGAUCUAGGCAUCGGACUUGUUCUUCCAGUGGCCCUUUACUUCGAGCUCUGCCGUUCCAAAAUAGACAGAGCAUUUUUUUGCUUGCUACCAUUUUCCAUUCUUAUUCUGCUCUGUAGUGUAUCUAUCUUGAGCGUUACGGGAAUAGCAUUAGAUCGUUACAUUUCCCUCGCUUCUCCAUUACGUUACAACAAUAUUAUUACUGACCGCACCAUUGGCAGGUAUGUUAUAGGAUUCUGGGUAUAUUCAUUCCUUGUCAGUUCCACACCUAUGUUGUGGUGGUACAGUACAGAUCCUGAUAAACACGUGACAAGUUGCAGCUUUAACUUAAUAGGUUAUCAAGUCAGGCUUUUUCUUUUCUUUUCGCUUUUUGCGCCCUGUUUAUUCUUCAUAUUUUCUAGCUAUGCUUACGUGUACGUGGUCGCUAGAUACCAUGCACGUGCUAUAUUUUCAGUAGAAAUGUCCUUUCGCCAACAGGCGGGGAACGUUGGAACUGAGGCCAGAUACAGUCGAACUUUAGCAGUAACUACAGGCCUAUUUCUUGUCACGUGGCUUCCAUUCCAAAUGUGCAUGUUAAUUGAUGCAUUCCAUAACACUAAUAUACUAUCGGGGAAAGUUACGUUUUAUCUGGGGGUUCUGGCAGUCUCAAACAUUUGCAUCAACCCAUGGAUUUAUGGUUUCCGAAACUCAGAGAUCCGUUACGCCUUCCUGAGGACUUUGGAGGAGUUUGCACCAAAGUUAGGCUACAUUCUGAAGUCUUCUGUUCGCGCAGAAAGGUCUUAUGGUGGGGUGCCAAGCUAUGCUUCCAAUAUCCGCUUAUGUCAUACCCCUAAUAUCGCAGUCACCACCACAGAGUUUGUAAACUCGACCUGUCUUCAUCCACCUGACAACAUCUAUUUAACAGAAACAAGCUUCCUUACACCUAAUUCUUCCAAGUCUGUUGUAACGACGGCUGCAAGUGUGUAGGAAGCAAUCUUGAAUUAGGAAAUUCACGUUUCAAUGUGUACUGACAGUCAAUUACCAGCAUUACUAAAAAUACAAAUACAAAUAGUUAUCAAUCAACGGAUUUCUUUUUAAAAAUAACAUGAUUCUAACCAUAGAUUGUUCUUUAUGUAUCAUAAAAAUGGUCUAAUAAAAGAAACUUUCAAGUUAACCUACUCUCAGUAAAGUAG